AUGGACUUUGCUCAAGAUUCACCGUUAGCAAAUCGUAUUACUAACAGCAAUAAUCAUUCCGAAAUCGAAAAACGACGCCGUGAUCGGAUAAAUGAAUUGAUGGGACAAUUGGCCGCAUUAAUACCGUCAACAUUUUGUCGGAAACUUGACAAGCUUUCUCUACUGCGGCUUGUGCUUGAUCACAUUAACACAAUGAGAACAUCGAAUGAUAAAGAACUGAAUUACGAUUGUUGCACGAAGCAUGUCACCUUCGGCGAUUUGUUGACGCUUCUCAAAAAUAAUGUUGAACACUUUAUCGCUGUGGUUGAGGUAGCAUCGGGAAAAAUUUUGUACGGUUCCGAUGAAAUGCACAAAUUUUUGGGCGACAAUAUUUUGGCUCGAAACUGGUACGAAAUACUACAUCCCGUAGAUGCAGCUGUUUUCAAAAAGGAAACCAGCAUGGAAUGCUACGAAAACUUCAACAUCAACGAUUCAGUUUGUGAAACAGUAAGUUCGAGCACGGGAUGUCACAAGCCGAAAACAGAGUGGAGUGUAGGCUUAAGGCGUUCUUUCGCAUGUCGUCUACGGGUCUACAAUUCAAAAGACUUGGAUCACUUUGAACAGAAUUAUGAAUAUUUUCAUUGUUACGGUUCACUACGUCAUACUGACAAACCAUCUCUGGUCAUGUUACUCAUCAAGCUAUUCUCAUCACGUGUAGAAGAGCAAUUUCAGAUAACUGUAACACCAAAUGGUCGGAUCAUCCGUUGUGGUUCUGGACUGCCAUUCAUCCUGAAACAUCUUCCACAAGAUCUUACUGGUUGUUAUUAUUACGAUCUCAUUCACGAGGGUGAUUUACUUGAUGUAGCAUAUCACCACAAACAAGUAUUAAGUCAGCGUGAUACAAAGGAAACAAGUUACAGAAUCAGGGCGAUGAAUAAACACUGCAUCAAAGUUAAUGCUACUUGGAUACCGUUUACUAAUCCAUGGAAUCUUAAAACGCAGUUUGUCGUCAUUAAUCAUCGAAGCAAUUCCGUAAGAUGCGAUGAAGAGUCAAGCCCGGAACAAAGUGUACUAAGACAAUUAUUAUUAAACAAGCGAUCUCAGAGAACUUAUCAAGAAACAACACCUGAAUUAGCAGUUCUGGGUGUGGCUCGACUAGGAGAAUCCGUUACAGAAGCAUCAUGAUCCGACACUGGUUAAGCUGUGCGACACGAACAUUAAUAUUUGUAAACUGAUAGACCCGAACAGAAAAAAUCAAAAAUCCAAGCUCCCCCACAUAUACACCGGACCACUCACUCUUCUUAAUUUCUUGAAUAUCAUCGUUUUCAAUUUCACGUCUCUGUGAGUAAAAUCUCUCCUUCUAACUAAUGACUGUGCAAAUGCAUUUGGAAUCUGUACAACAAUGAAGACAAGUUAUUUCGCCAAGCAAAAUAGCUAGUGACAGCUUUCGCUGAAAAAUAUUGGGAAACAAAAAGAAAGUGCUGCUUUAUAAACA